AUGCCCCCCUCCCAAGUGCACCAUGUCACUUCUGGCGAAUCUCUUCGCUUGAACGGCGCUGCCCCUCAGACACCUACCAAGUCAAGCUCGCCACCCCGCUCGAGCGCGGAAUCGCAGAGUAGGCCGCAGGGCCUGCGAUGGCGGGACAGUACGCAGCUUCCGGCGGCUGCGGAAAUUCAGGACACCGCGACAGUUGAUAGCUCGACGCUCGUAGAUUCAGGCUUCGACGAGAAUGUGCUGAGGGCGCUAUGUGAUAUGGACUGCGGUAUACCCUUGCUUCUCGACCGAAUAAAGCAGAGUAUGGUGUCUUGCAGGGAAGCGGCUUUGUUUUUCCGCAAACGAGCAGCAUUAGAAGACGAAUACGGACGCAAUCUGCAAAGGCUAUCGAAGUUAACGGGCGAAGCGUACUCUAUGAGCGAGGGACGAGCAGGCUCUUUCGUGGUAGCCUGGCAAUCUACUCUUAAGACGCACGAGCAGAUGGCUCAGCAUAGGACACAAUUUGCUUCACGUCUUAUCGAGAUGAGCGAGGAGUUGUCGACGCUCGCAAAAGAGGUAGACAGGAGUAGGAAACAAACCAAGGAUCUUGCCACUCGAUACGAAAAAGCGCUGCAAGAGUCAGAAUCAGCGACAGAUAAAUGCAAGGCACGGUGUGACGCUACGGCAGAAGAGCUGGAGCGAAUUUUGCUGCACAAGGAAGGUGAACCGUACCGAGACACCCCGGUUCAAGGCCGGACCCCCGGAGGCAAGAGGGCGAUCGGUAAGGCGGUGGCGAAGGGCGGGAUGCUUCUCAAGGGACGGAACCCGGGGAACCUUCAGCGCCAAGAGGAAGACGUUCGCGCUCGGAUGUCAAAGGAGUCGGAUGCCUACCGCAAGGCUCUACUGGAGACUCAGACUGUUCGGCAAGAGUACUUCAACUUCCAAUACCCACGGCUCCUGCGUGCCCUCAAAGAAUGCGUCGAUGAGAUCGACCUGGGCAUGCAGUAUCACCUUUCCCGAUACGCUUUUCUGUGCGAGCACGUCGUCCUACAGGAGGGCACGACACUUACCCCAACUGAAGAGAACGCGAUGGGUCUGAGAGCGUCGCUCGAGACAAUCGACAACAGAAGCGACUUCAAAACGUACAUGCAACAUUAUGCAUUCGCACACGGCGGUGCUAACUAUACAGGACCCCGCCGUCGCGGACCGGAGUCGGAAGGCUUCCUGCCGCCUAUACCCGCCCUCUAUGCAGGGGGAUCACCGGGCACCUCAAAUACUCAGCCUCUGGACAAAGGUCGUCCAACUUUCGGGGUAGACCUUGCCGAGCAAAUGGCGCGGGACGACGUCGACGUUCCUCCGAUCAUGGUGAAGUGCUGCGAAGCGAUUGAGAAGUAUGGAUUGGACUCCCAAGGCAUAUACCGGAUCGGCGGCACGAUGAGCAAGGUCGCCAAGCUGAAGGAGAAACUAGACCGAGAUCUCGACUCCGUCGAUCUCGACAAGGACGAGUGGUCUUCUGAUGUCAGCAAUGUCACGAGCGUGCUCAAGUUGUGGCUCCGCGAGCUCCCGGACCCUCUGCUUACAUCCAGCUUGCAUAAUGCAUUUCUAGAUGCGGCGGUGAACGAAAAUGAGCGAUUGCGACACAUACGCCUGCAUGAACGCGUGAACGACCUUCCGGAUCCCAAUUAUUCUACCCUCAAGUACUUUAUGGGACAUUUACAUAAGAUCGUGGAGCACGAAACUCAGAACGCUAUGUCGGUCCAGAACCUCGCCAUCGUUUUCGGACCGACUUUAUUCGGCCAGGGCCUGCAAUUGAACGGCAUGGCAGAUGCGUCUCUCCAGAACCGAGUACGUGCCCUUGAGCUGAGGAACUAUUAG